CGAGCCCUGUGCCACAUCUUCCACUAAAUGAUAAAGCGGCUUCAUCGGCGGCAGCGAAAAGAAAUGACAACGCAGCUUCCAAAAAUCAACACUUAGCCCGUUCCGCUCAGACUACAAAUACAUGUUUCCUCUCGAAAAGACCCAGACGGUCGUAAAUCUUGAUUCAGACCGUCCGCCGAUAAGAGGAGUGUGAGUUAACGGUUAAGUUGACGCUCGGGAGCCGGUGACGUGAAGUUGCAAAAAGCGGACUUUUCCAUCGGGAGGAUUCACGAGCAGCUCCGACACCUCUAACAGGAGCCGAGCAGCCGGCGGCGUGCCGCGUCAUGGGGAAGCAGAACAGCAAGCUGCGGCCCGAGGUCCUCAACGACCUGCGAGAAAACACAGAGUUCACUGACCACGAGCUCCAGGAGUGGUACCGCGGCUUCCUCAAGGACUGUCCGACCGGCCACCUGACGGUGGAGGAGUUCAAGAAGAUCUACGCCAACUUUUUCCCCUACGGAGACGCCUCGAAGUUCGCCGAGCACGUGUUCCGCACGUUCGACACCAACGGAGACGCCACCAUCGACUUCAGGGAGUUCAUCAUCGCCCUCAGCGUGACCUCCCGCGGCGGCUUGGAGCAGAAGCUGCGCUGGGCCUUCAGCAUGUACGACUUGGACGGGAACGGGUACAUCAGCCGGGCCGAGAUGCUGGAGAUCGUCCAGGCAAUAUAUAAGAUGGUGUCCUCAGUAAUGAAGAUGCCCGAGGACGAGUCAACACCAGAGAAAAGGACAGAUAAGAUCUUCAGACAGAUGGACAUUGACAAUGAUGGUAGAUUGUCUUUGGAGGAGUUCAUUAAAGGUGCCAAGAGCGACCCGUCCAUCGUCAGACUGCUGCAGUCGGAUCAGGGAGCCUCUUGUCAGUUCUGAGGACAGUGACAAUCGACGCAGACACGCACGCUCUUCAGAACACGAUCAGACCCACAUCGGCCAGUCAUCACAAACUCACCACACAAUCCUUUCUCAUUUUGAGCAGUCAGCUUAUCGUUUACAAUAAUGAGUAAUUCUCUUGUCAAUGUGGCUCUUUUCCUGUCGACUAUGUUGUGUUUUAGUAAUUCUGUAUUCUUUUAAGCGCUCUUGCAUUUAAAUGUUUUUUACCUGUUCUCUAUAAGUGAAGUGCCAUAUCAAAUAUAUUUAUACUGACUUAUGUGCUCGCAAGUAUUACGAAUACCCUUACGUUACACCAGGUGGAAACUAAUUACAUCACUUAUGAUUUUAAUUCAAUUUAGUGUCUUGAAAAGUGGCUUAUGUUUUGCAUCGGCUGUAGAUUAAGAAGUUGCUCUUCUGAACGACUCCCAUAUGCCUUUAGCAUUGCAUGUGCCUGGGGAUUGGAAUAAUUGCAAUUUAUGUGAACAAUGAGAACGUGAUCCGUUUUUAUUCCUUUUUAUUUUUGUAACAAAAAUUUUGUUUUCACACAAUUGAAAUAAAGUCGUGUAAGAAAAAUCUA